AUGGUUUGCCUUUGCCACUUGUACUCGCGUAUUUUUGAUGUAAGUGAUAUGUUUGUGUCAAUUAGAGGGAUAUUUUUUCUACAGCUCCCGCACGACUUUGAGUGGGCGUAUAAUCGGACGCUCCACCGUCUGCGGAGCUUGUCUACACACUGUGCUUUGUUAGCACAUGAAAGAAGUAUGGACGUCGAGGAACGCUGUGGCUCAUGGAAUGCGCUGGUCGACAAAGUCGUUCAUCAUUUUGAGUCACCAGCCAAGAAGAAUUUUCGCUUAGAGUGUGUGCGGUGCCUUAUAACGGCUAGGCGUUCUGUGUUCCUAGGCGGAGAUUUAUAG